AUGAUCUCCCUUGACCUGCAGCCACACCACGACUGGUACAGCCAGGCCUACGGCAUCGUCUGGAGAGCAACCGACCGCCAGACAGGAGAAACAGUUGCUGUUAAAAAGAUUUUUGAUGCUUUCAGGAACAGAACAGAUGCUCAGAGAACAUUUCGAGAGAUUAUGUUCCUGCAGGAAUUUGGAGAACAUCCAAAUAUCAUCAAGCUGCUCGAUGUUAUCCCAGCAGAGAAUGACAAGGACAUCUACCUCAUCUUCGAGUCCAUGGAGACUGAUUUACAUGCUGUGAUUAAGAAGGGGAAUGUGCUGAAAGACAUCCACAAAUGUUACAUUCUCUACCAACUUCUGAAGGCAACUAAAUUCAUCCACUCAGGGAAUGUUAUUCACAGAGAUCAGAAGCCUUCCAACGUGCUGCUGGAUGCCCAGUGCUGUGUGAAGCUGUGUGACUUCGGGCUGGCCCGCUCCCUGUGCCAGCGGGGCGAGCCCCAGCCCAGCCCCGCGCUCACCGAGUACGUGGCCACGCGCUGGUACCGGGCGCCCGAGAUCCUGCUGGCCUCCCGCCGUUACACAAAGGGUGUGGACAUGUGGAGCAUUGGCUGUAUUCUUGGAGAGAUGCUGCUUGGAAAGCCUCUUUUUCCUGGAACAUCAACAAUGAACCAAAUAGAGCAGAUCCUGAGGGUCAUCCCUGCUCCAUCCCCAGAAGAUAUUUUGGCUCUGCAGUCAGAGUACAAGGCCUCAGUUAUUAAGCACAUGAGUUCCAGGCAGCGAGUAGCAUUUGAGGAGAUUUUCCCAUCCUCCACUCCACUGCCUGCCUUGGAUCUGCUGAAGAAACUUCUGGUCUUCAACCCUGACAAACGGCUCACAGCAGAGGAGGCUCUGCAGCAUCCUUACGUGAGCAGAUUCCACUGUCCUUCCAGGGAGCCCUCUUUGGAUUUUGAUGUGAUCCUUCCUUUGGGUGAUGAUGUCCAGCUGUCUGUGGCAGAAUAUAGAAAUAAAUUAUAUGAGAUGAUCCUUGAAAAGAAGUCAAAGAGCCUUCCAAAGGAGCAAGGGCAGAGAGAAAACAUCCAGCUGAGCCAGGCUGAGUCUAGCACACCUCUGCCAGGUUUCGGCUCAGUGGCUGCACCCACCAGGAAAGGCCAGCAAGAGCCAGCACCCCCUGUGCUAAACCCUUCACAUGUGCACCCCGGAGCCACAGCUGGGGCCCAACCAGCAGGGUCCAGCCAGAGCAAGGAUUUGGCCAGAACUCUGGGUCAGAGAUCACAGAUUAGUGUCAUGAUGUACAACCCCAUCACACACACCACUGUGCAGAGAAAUGCAAAUCCUGGUGCUGGGAUCAGGAACUGUUCUGCACCACCUCAACAGUCCAGAGUCUCCAGCAAUGAGAAACUAGGGAGACAAAUCACAUGGCCAAACACUCGGCUCUCUCCUACAAGUGUGCAGAACCUUUACAAUAAUCCCAGAAACUCUCAGUGUCACAGCAAAGAUGUUCGUCCCCUUCUGAAGCCCAGUAAAAAGAUGUUCCAGAUCACUGCAAAUGUGGGAGCUGCGGGUGAUCCAAGGGCAUCCAUGGGCAGUUACUCCCAGGCCUAUGGAACCAUCAGUAAAUCUGCACUGCAGAGCCUUCCAAUAGCAAAGGCCUCCAAAAACCCUGAGCAGUGACUGUGGAGAUGUUCCAGACAGGUGAAGUACAGCUCAUCCCUCAGCCCCUGACUGAGCAAGAGCAGCAGGGGAGAGCAAACUAUGAGGAAAUGCUUUAUUAACUGCUUAGGACAAUGUCCUCCUCUCCUCUGGACAAGCUCAUAGGAAAGGGAAUCCAACUCCUCUGCCUUCCAGUCUCAGCAGGCAAGGACACAGCGUUUGCUCUCACACCCUGAGAACAGUGAAUGCUGUCACUUCACACUCCUUGUGUGAAUUACUGCAAAAACCACAGAAAACUGGAUUAUUCUGAUACUCGAGUGGGUUUUAGACAUAUUCAGGGUCCAGGGGAACCUCCUGAAGUUCAGCAAGGCCUAGUGAAAGGCCAAGAAAAUGCUCUGAAGGUUUGAGUCCUGCUGUGGAGAUAGGCUGGGAGAACUGGAGGUGUCCAGCCUGGAGGAAAGAAGGCUCCAGGAAGACCAAGAGCCUCUUCCAGUGCCUAAAGGGGCUCCAGGAGAGCUGGAGAGAGACUUUGGACACGGGUCUGGAGUGACAGGACACGGGGAAUGGCUCCCCACUGCCAGAGGUCAGGGAUGGAUGGGGUGUUGGGAAGAAAUCCUUCCCUGUGAGGGUGGUGAGGCCCUGGCACAGGGAGCCCAGAGCAGCUGUGGCUGCCCCAUUCCUGGAAGUGUCCAAGGCCAGGUUAGACAGGGCUUGGAGCAGCCUGGGACAGUGGAAGGUGUCCCUGCCAUGGUAGGCAGGGGUUGGGACUGGGUGACCUUUAAAAGGUCCUUUCCAACCCAUUCCAGGAUUCUUCAGCAGUUUGCCUAAAUGGUGAUAUUUUUUUGAGCAGAAGAGGUAACUGUUCUCUGAAGACCAUGAAGACCUAACUCUUCACAGAUAAUCUUACAGCCCUUCACUCAUUUCUAUUACUGUUCUAGACUAGAUGAACAGAAUUCAUUAUGGUCUGGUUUUGUUAAAAUCCAGUAGAAAAACAUUUGAAAUACAGGUGGUUCUUCUACAAUAUUUAACAGCUUCUCUAGUAUGUAAUAUUGUAAUAAUAUUGUAAUAAUAAAUCCUUUAUAUUGCACU